AUAUAGUGAAUGCAGGGUCCAGGGAGAGCAGAUAUAGUGAAUGCAGGGUCCAGGGAGAGCAGAUAUAGUGAAGGCAGGGUCCGGGAAGAGUGGAUAUAGUGAAUGCAGGGUCCGGGGAGAGUGGAUAUAGUGAAUGCGGGGUCCGGGGAGACCAGAUAUAGUGAAUGCAGGGUCCGGGAAGAGUGGAUAUAGUGAAUGCAGGGUCCGGGAAGAACCAGAUACAGUGAAUGCAGGGUCCGGGGAGAGCAGAUAUAGUGAAUGCAGGGUCCGGGGAGAGCGGAUAUAGUGAAUGCAGAGUCCGGGGAGAGCAGAUAUAGUGAAUGCAGGGUCCGGG